CUCGCGUUACACUCACAAAUUAUACAAAUUACCCCAUUCUCAAUUUUUUAUUUAUAAUUAUGAUGAUAUAAUUAAUUAUAUUUUUGCAUUUCUGUGUCGUAUGCGAUAAAACUGCAGAAGCACAAGUACAUAAUCUAGAAGCCAUUCAAGUGAUAUUUUGCUUUCUGGGUUUGCUUCAAGUUUGCCUUUUGGUUCAUAUUUUUCUCUUUAGUAUAAAGCGGAGAGUGGCGGUGUUUCUUUGGAAUUUCGAGUGAUUUUUGGGGUUUUUUAGCUUGUUUUGUUGGAUUUUUAGCUAUUUUCAAGUACAUGGUGUCCUUGAGUGUCUUUCUCUGUUAAAUUUUUGGUAUUUGAAAGAAGUCCCAUGCUGGUCAAUUCGUGAAUCUUGAAAAAGGUCUAGAAGUUCUGGCAAAAGUAUGCCGUCGUAGCAGUCUUGAUUGUUUGAGUGGACACUCUAAUGCAUUUAGCAUCGUGGUUCUUUUCAUGUGCUAGUAGAAAGUCCCAAGUUGUUCAACCGGUGAAUCCUACUGAGUUAUCUGUAAGAUAGUGUGCUCGGUUAACAACAUUCCAAGAGAUUUCUGUUCAUUUGUGUCUCCUUCUGUUGGCAAGUUACUUAGAAAAGGGCUCUGAUAUUUUCUAAUAGGUGCUUGGCAAUACAUAUAGCUUUAAACAGAUAAUUUCUUAUACAACCCAUGGCAUCAGUUGUUAGUUCUCAGGCAUUGCAUUGUUUUUUCUCAACUCCAGAGAUUACUCCCAGGUUUCAAGUGAGAGUUCAAAGUGGUAGUGGUGGUGGUAGCUCAAAAGUAUCGCCAUCGGAUUCCGCUCUAGUUAUUGGAGAGAAAGAUAAAAAAGUCGGGGGUCGAAUUGAUUCAUGGAAUGCGAGCUUAAAGCGUGGGAUUAAUAAAAAGAGCGUUAAAGAUGUUAUUUCAAGUGACUUGGAUGUCUUGUGGGAUGACGGUUAUGGGACCAAGACUGCGAAGGAUUUUUUUGAAGGAGCCAAGGAGAUGAUUAGGCCUGAUGGGGGGCCUCCCCGGUGGUUUUGCCCUACUGAGUGUGGGCAGCCUUUAAAAGAUUCUCCAAUUCUUCUGUUUUGCCCUGGGAUUGUUGGUGUUGGCUUGGCCCUGACUUUGCAUCAUAAAGCUCUCGGGAAGGUGUUUGAAGUCAGGUGCCUUCAUAUUCCAGUGAAUGAUCGAACACCAUUUGAAGGGCUGGUGAAAUUUGUCGAAGAAACAGUGAGGCUAGAGCAUGCCUCAUCUCCAAAUAAGCCAAUUUAUCUAGUGGGGGAUUCCUUCGGGGGAUGUCUUGUUCUUGCUGUUGCUGCUCGUAAUCCUGAAAUUGACCUUAUAGUGAUACUAGCUAACCCAGCUACAUCAUUUGACAGGUCACAGCUUCGACCCCUGAUUCCCCUUUGGGAGGCGUUGCCUGAUGGACUAUACAAUGCACUUCCGUAUCUUCUUAGCUUUGUUAUGGGUAAUCCAGUGCAGAUGGCAAGGGUCAAUAUUGAAUAUAGACUACCUCCCAGAUUUCAAAUUGAACAAUUGUUUCAGAAUCUCAUUGCUUUGCUGCCUCAUCUUUCUGAUUUGGUUGAUAUAAUUCCCAAGGACACUCUUAUUUGGAAGUUGAAACUGCUCAAAUCAGCGGCUUCUUAUGCUAAUUCCCGGCUUCAUGCUGUGAAAGCUGAAGUGCUAGUCCUGUCGAGUGGAAAUGAUUACAUGCUUCCUAGUGGAGAUGAAGCUCAGCGUCUGAAAAGGACAUUAAAGAAUUGCACAGUACGUUAUUUCAAGGACAAUGGGCACAAUAUUUUACUGGAAGAUGGUGUUAAUUUGCUUACUGUCAUUAAAGGUACUGGAAAAUACCGUCGUUCAAGGAGGAUUGAUUUGGUCUUAGACUUCAUUCCACCAAGCAUGUCAGAAUUCAAACAAGGAUAUGAUGAAGUAGUUGGGUUGUUACGCUUUGCUACUGGUUCAGCCAUGUUCUCAACUUUGAAUGAUGGAAAGAUAGUGAAAGGUCUUCAUGGGGUUCCAAAUGAAGGUCCUGUCUUAUUAGUUGGCUACCACAUGUUGAUGGGACUUGAAGUUUAUUCCCUUGUCCCAGAAUUCUUGAGAGAGAAAAAUAUUAUGGUUCGUGGUGUAGCGCAUCCAGUUGUAUUUAGGGAAGGGCAGGGGGUUUCAUCUCCUGAAUUUUCUUUAGGUGAUUGGAUGAAAGUAAUGGGUGCAGUACCUGUCACAGCCAGCAAUCUUUUCAACUUGCUGUCAACAAAAUCACAUGUGCUUCUUUAUCCUGGAGGAGCUCGAGAAGCCCUUCAUCACAGGGGUGAAGAAUAUAAGCUGAUUUGGCCCGAUCAACAAGAAUUUGUGAGAAUGGCAGCAAGGUUUGGGGCUACAAUUGUACCAUUUGGAACUGUAGGAGAAGAUGAUGUAGCAGAAUUGGUUCUUGAUUACAACGACUUCAUGAAAAUCCCAGUGGUCAAUGACUACAUCAGAGACGCUAAUCGUAAUUCCAUAAGACUAAGGGAUAAGAGUAAAGGGGAGGUUGCCAACCAAGAACUAUAUCUCCCAGGUAUUCUGCCGAAGGUUCCGGGCCGCUUUUAUUUUCUCUUCGGAAAGCCUAUAGAAACAAAGGGCCGAAAGGAAGAGAUCCUUGAAGACAGAGAAAAUGCAAACCAGUUAUACCUGCACAUAAAAUCUGAAGUUGAACGUUGCAUUGCUUAUCUUUUGAAGAAACGAGAGGAGGAUCCUUACAGGAGUAUCGUUGAUAGAACAGUGUAUCGUGCUUUACAUUCUCCUUUGCAUGAAGUUCCAGCAUUUGACCCUUAAAAAAUGGCCACAUUCUCGCAGCAGCCUCCCUUGAUAGAACAGUGUAUCGUGCUUUACAUUCCCAGAUCACUUCACAGUUCACAGGAUUAUUUUUUUCACAGCAUCACAAGAGAAAAAAAAAAUGAUAAAUCGAGAAAUAAGUCAAGAUUAAUUUACCAAUUUAUUUUAACUAUAAUGUCCAGGUUAUUUUUGGAUAAGAUUCUGUGUGUAUAUCAAGAUUAAAUUUCUUCACAGUCAA